AUGUUUUUAUCAAAACAAGAGGAGCAGCUUACCCAGGAGCUGAGCUGUCCCAUCUGUCUUCAGCUCUACAGGGAUCCGCUUGUUCUCCCCUGUGGGCACAACUAUUGCCAAGCUUGUAUCUUGAAGUCAGCUAACUCCACAGGCGGCAGCAAAGAACCUCUGCGAUGCCCGGAGUGUCGCGAGAUCUACGAGGGCGUUAAUUCCCUGCAGAGAAAUUUCAAACUCUCAAACAUUGUUGAGGGUUUCCAAGCCUCGUCAAACUCCCAGAACAUUUAUGAAGAAAUCCGGGACAUAACUGAACCGGUGGUGGAGGAUGAUACCAUCGUCUGUGACCACUGCAUAGAUCAUCAGUCUCCAGCGGUGAAAACCUGCCUGAAGUGUGAGGUGUCGCUGUGCUCCAGGCACCUCCAGAAACACAACGAGAAGGAGGCGUUCAAGUCCCACUCUCUGGUGGAUCCUCUGAAGGAGUUUGGGAUGAAGGCCUGCCCGGUUCAUAAUCUUCCACUUGAGUACUUUUGUUCCAAUGAGAUGAUGUCUCUGUGUGCCACAUGCUUCAUAGAAGGCCAUCACCAGAACCAUGAUGUCCUCACCUUCAGCGUGGCAGAGGAGGAGAUGAGAAGAGCCCUGGAGAGCCGCAACAAGGUGGUUAGCAGUCGACUGCAGCUGACAGAAUGCCUCCUGCAGAAGACAACGGAGGAUCAGGGAGCCUCCGAGGCUGUCGGGGAGAAAAUGGUCAACAAGGCGGUCUCACUUAUGGAUAGCAUGGCUGCAAUAGUGGACAGGUACAGGGAGCGGCUUCGUAUGCUGCUGGAGGAGGAGAGAUGUCAGCGCCGCAGAAGCUGGCAGGUUGGAGUGAGUGCCCUGGAAGAGCAGCAGCAGCAGCUGCUGGAGGCUCAGAGAAGUGCAAAUGAGGCCCUCAGGGAGAAAGACUCUUUCACCUUUAUACACAGAUUUAUGAUGAUUGAACAAAAGUUGAGAGAUGUCGUCACAAGCAAUAUUUCCAGCUCCAUUCCUUCAAAGGUUGCCCUGAACGCCAAGCGUCUCCAAACAGGCCUCAAAACCAACGACUUCCGUACAGAAAUGGUCCGUCUCCUUGACACUCUUCAUAUCCUGCUCAACCCGCUGGAGGUCACGUUUAGUGUCUGCACUGCCCACGCCAGCUUGUUGGUGUCCAACGACCUGCGAACAGUCCGAUACAGCAACACCAAGCAGGCCUACAUUGAGCACCCAGAACGUUUCAUGAGUGUGCCUCAGAUCCUUUGCAGCCAGGGUUUUUCAGGAGGCACUCAUAUCUGGAUGGUAGAAAUGGGUGUUAACUGCAUGUGGUCCCUUGGUGCAUGCUACAAGAGCAUCCCUCGCCGUGGAGACCACAGUCGCUUGGGCCACAACGCAGUAUCCUGGAGACUUCAGUGGAAAAAUGGCAAGCUUACUGUGUGCUCUUCGUCAAGCAAUGCUUCACUGGGAGAGACUCUCCAACAUCCAAUUAAGAUUGAGGUUGCGCUUGACUAUGAAGGGGGAACUCUGUCUUUCCAUUCCAUCAGACCUCGCAGGGAACACCUUCACACAUUUAAGACUGUGUUUAAAGAGCCAGUUUAUCCAGCUUUUAGUAUCCAUUCAAACACCCCAGAGUCAUGGAUCACUCUGCACGGGGAAGUCUAAGACCACCCUUUAAACCUUUAUUCCUAAUGCAUAGAUGUGUUUGUUUAUUUCUAUUGUUACACUUUCCCCGGAUCUCCAAUAUCACUAACUUUAUUCCAAUUUUUGCCAUGUAAGCAUUUUAAAGGCCAAUUUAUGCUUCUGGCGCAUGGCCUCUGCAACCAUCAAAUCUGCGCAACCACGCCCCCAGAGGUUCUGCAACCGUCGUUGCGCUCUUCAACAAAAUCCUGACUACAUGUCGCAAACCCGUGCAGAGCUCAAGCAGAAGUGCACAGACAAAAACCAGCUGUGAUUGGUCCUUGGUAUGCCUUUCCGGCUGUCUGUGUGGUUGUCCUUUUUAAUACGGUGCCGGGGCAUGCCAUUUUUAAAAAACCGAGGAGCCACUACAAAGGACAACUAUGACAAAAGGUUAAUUCGAGGAGGUUCGGAAGUAAAAUUACCUGUACGAUCCCUCUGAUAAUUUAUAUAUAAAUGCCAAGGUCUCUGCCAAAUCGAAGUUCUCGCGAGUUCUCUAAUAGGCUCCCCCUAGCACUUUGCCAGGAAACUUCCGUGCGUA